ACCCGGGCUGCGUGUGUGCGGGCUGGCCCCGGGCGGUUCGGGUUGGGGGAUUUGUCACACUGAAAAAUAAACAGAAACAACGAACAAGCGCUUUGUCCGGGGCUGUGGGGAAGUGGUUUAAGUCUGAAGCAACUCUCGGCUCAUCCCCCCUUAUAUCUUGGGGCGCCUCCGCCUGCGCCCCGGCCUCUCCCAGCGCGCGGGGCUGAGCCGCGGACACCCGGGCCAGAGCCGACCCGAGCCGGGUUGUGCCGAGCCCCGUCGGUGCCCGCGGGCGGAGCGGAGCGGAGCGGGCAGCACAGACCAACACAACCACUCACCCGGGCCAUCAUGGCUGCUAAAGACCUGCCUGCAGAUGAGAAAGAAUUCAUGACGUUAUCCCAGGAUGAGAUGGAAGAAAUGAAAACAACAUUUGAAGCAGGAAACCUUGAAGCUGUAGCAAAGAAAUUGCAAGAGAAGCUGGAGAUGUUAGAUAAGAUUCAAAUUCACAUUGCUGUCACUGGGGAGGCAGGGUCUGGAAAAUCAACCUUUGUCAAUGCCAUCCGGGGCCUUGGGGAUGAAGAUGCAGGUGCUGCUAAGACUGGGGAAGUGGAAACAACAGUGCAGCCAGAGCCUUAUCCACACCCCACCCUCCCAAAUGUUACACUCUGGGACCUGCCACGUAUUGGAACUCCCAAAUUCAAAGCAGAUGAAUAUCUUGAGCAGGUGAGUUCCCAAAAAUAUGACUUCUUCAUCAUCCUCACUGCCAAUCAGUUCACUACCCACCACACCCAGCUUGCCCAGGAAAUUCAGAAAAUGAAAAAGAGGUUUUACUACGUGCGCUCCCAAGUGGAUUUUGGUUUGCAGGCAGAGCAGAAGAGCAGACCCAGCAUCUACAACGAGGAGGGAAUCCUGCAGAAGAUCCGCAAUGACUGCAUCGAGAACCUAAGGAGAGGGGCAGGUGAGCCUUCUCCACGGGUUUUCCUGAUCUCCAGCUGGGAACUCACCAAGUAUGAUUUUCAUCUGCUGCAGCAGGCACUAGAGGAUGAUCUGGAUGUUGAGAAGAGACAUGCCUUUAUCCUUGCCCUGCCCAACAUCUCAGCACAGAUCCUGGAAAAGAAGAAAGCUGCAUUUAAGAGGGAAAUAUGGAUGUUGGCCCUGCUGUCAGGGGCUAUUUCUGCUGUUCCUGUCCCAGGUCUCUCUAUUAUUGCUGAUAUACAAAUACUGGAGGUAAACAUGAGACGUUAUUGCCAGGCUUUUGGCUUGGAUGAUACUGCCCUUUUGAGACUUGCUCAGCGUGUUGGCAAGCCUGUUGCAGAGCUGAAGUCAGUGAUAAAAGCAGUUCCAACAGCCAGCUCGAUAAACAAAGAGUUUGUAAUCAGGAUGCUGGCAAGGCCUGCAUGUCUUGGAGUGAUGAUAGCUGAAGAGCUUUUGGAUUUAGUUCCUGUUGCUGGACCUCUAUUAUCUGGAGGGGUGUCAUUUGGCAGCACGUUCUACAUGCUGAAACGCUUUCUGAAUGAUGCUGCAGAGGAUGCCCACAGAGUUCUCCAAAAAGCUCUUUCCUGAACCACAAGUCCAAAGAGCAGGAAUGAAAGGCCCAGAAUAACCACCGAAAAGCAAUGACUCAAAACAGCUCAGCUGUGUCCAAACCUUCCAAAGUGACUGAACAAAAUGAAAACCAGGAAAAACAUUAGAAAGCAAAACUUAGAAGGAGGAAGAGAAGGGGAGAGAGAUGCAAUAAUGUGGUUUUUUCAUUUGAUCAAGGACACAUCCCUAAAUAUUAAACUUUGAAUCUGAUGUAUACAGGAGGCCAGUGGGUUUGUAAAAUGUAAUAGUUACGUGCACUUCCCUUCCUGACAUGAAGCCAUCUAUAUCAUUACAUCAUGUGAUGAACCCUCAGAAACCAAACAGAACCCCUUCUUCUAAAACGGCAAUACAGAACAAACCUACUGCUUUGUGUCUUUCCCCAGUGUCUUUUCAAGAUGAUUCAGUUAAUGAGUGACAUUGAACUAAAGGUAACCCCGGUAAAAUGCCAGGGAACAUCCAGAGCAAUAAAACAACAGAACCAUAAAUAAAGAAAAGAAUGUGGUGACCAUUAAGAUUCAUUAGUGUGGAAACAGGAAAAUAACAGGAGAAUAUUCCAAAUGUGUAAGAGUGUGCUAUUAUAAACUUUGGAUCUAGAAGGCAAAAUAUUAUACAACAAGCUUGGCUAGCAUUAGUAAUGGUGACGUCAAGGGUUAAAGAGCCUCAGCAAUUGAGUUCGCUAUUUGCCAUUCACACCAUCUGCAUGGACUUCUGAGGGAAGAUCCAGCCUUCGGACUUGGAGCAGCGCAACCCAGAAGCUCACCCACUGUGGCCGACCGAGGGGAGCGACUCCUAAGCAUCAGCUCUAGACAGACUGUGACAGAGCGAGGAUUCACGUUAACGUGAUCAGUUUUGAUUAACUGCCUGCUUAUACUCUUGCAAACCCAGUAAAGUUGACUACUUGUAUACUGGCAAACCCAGAUGAUUAAUUGCUUUGUAUUUAGUGGAUAUUUUUGUAGUCAAUAAAGCUUCUGACUGGU